ACUAAACGGUAAAGGGCAAAGCAAGCAUCGCAAUUUUCUGCUCAUUCCCCUCAUUCAGCAAGUACAAAAUUUGUUGUGAGAUAAAAAAGAAUCGUGUAAAAUUGUAAGUGAUUUUAACCAAAUAAUACAAACGCUGAGGAACACACGCUCACACUUGCAACGCGUUUUGCACACACUGUGAAGUUCUUCAUUCUACACUUGUCAUUCGGAGUAACUGGAACAGAUCAAAUUAUUUUAGAACAAAUUUUAUUGAAUCCAAAUUUUCGUCAUGAGUAAAGCGGAUGCAAACACACGCCAGGGCUCGUACAAGUCCAACACAAUCAAUACACAGGACUCUCGCAUGCGACGCCAUGAGGUUACCAUUGAGUUGCGCAAGUCCAAAAAAGAGGAUCAGAUGUUCAAGCGUCGCAACAUUAACGACGAAGACCUCACCUCUCCCCUGAAAGAAUUAAAUGGCCAGUCGCCGGUGCAGCUGUCGGUGGAUGAAAUUGUGGCGGCCAUGAACAGCGAGGAUCAGGAGCGCCAGUUCAUGGGUAUGCAGUCGGCACGGAAGAUGUUAAGUCGCGAGCGCAACCCACCCAUUGAUCUAAUGAUUGGCCAUGGCAUCGUCCCCAUAUGCAUUCGAUUUCUUCAAAACACCAGCAAUACCAUGUUGCAGUUUGAGGCAGCCUGGGCUUUGACAAACAUUGCCUCGGGAACAUCCGACCAGACACGCUGUGUCAUCGAGCACAAUGCGGUGCCGCAUUUCGUUGCCCUGUUGCAGUCAAACUCUAUCAAUCUUGCUGAGCAGGCCGUAUGGGCUUUAGGUAACAUAGCCGGCGAUGGAGCCGCUGCUCGCGACAUUGUAAUUCAACAUAAUGUCAUCGAUGGCAUUUUGCCGCUGAUUAACAACGAGACUCCACUUUCAUUUUUGCGGAACAUUGUCUGGCUGAUGUCGAAUCUGUGCCGCAACAAGAAUCCUUCGCCGCCCUUUGAACAAGUAAAAAUAUUGCUGCCAGUUCUGUCGCAGCUUUUGCUUAGUCAAGAUAUUCAGGUUUUGGCAGACGCCUGCUGGGCUUUGUCAUAUGUCACCGAUGAUGACAACCACAAGAUUCAGGCGGUCGUAGACUCGGAUGCAGUUCCUAGGCUAGUAAAACUUUUGCAAAUGGAUGAGCCCAGCAUAAUUGUGCCAGCACUGCGCAGUGUGGGCAACAUUGUCACCGGCACAGAUGUGCAGACUGAUGUUGUUAUUGCUGCGGGUGGCUUGCCCCGAUUGGGUCUGCUGCUGCAACACAACAAGAGCAACAUUGUCAAGGAGGCUGCUUGGACUGUAAGUAAUAUAACAGCAGGUAAUCAGAAGCAAAUUCAAGCAGUCAUUCAAGCUGGCAUCUUCCAACAAUUACGUAACGUGCUCGAGAAGGGCGAUUUCAAGGCUCAAAAAGAGGCCGCAUGGGCAGUGACCAACACGACAACAUCGGGCACCCCCGAGCAGAUUGUGGAUCUGAUUGAGAAGUUCAAAAUAUUGAAGCCAUUCAUUGACUUGCUCGAUGCUAAAGAUCCACGCACCAUCAAAGUUGUGCAGACUGGCUUGUCCAACCUCUUUGCGCUGGCCGAGAAAUUGGGCGGCACUGAGAAUCUUUGCCUCAUGGUCGAAGAGAUGGGCGGAUUGGAUAAACUGGAAACAUUGCAACAACACGAGAACGAAGAGGUGUACAAGAAAGCGUACGCAAUUAUCGAUACCUACUUCAGUAAUGGUGACGACGAGGCCGAGCAAGAGCUUGCACCCGAGGAAGUAAAUGGAGCUCUCGAAUUUAAUGCAACUCAGCCAAAGGCUCCAGAGGGUGGCUACACAUUCUAGGCCAAUUUUAUCACUUUAACUCAAAAAGUACAUAUACUAUGCAACGUACAUAUUCCACAUCAAACAACAUCUUUAAACUUGCGACCGCGCUAGGCUCCACUUAGUGCCCUCUUAGUCAUCUUCUAACACAGCACAAAAAUCCCCGAAAAUCAGAACAUACUCAAGCAAUUGGAGAGGCAUACAUGACAGACACAGACAUAUGUUUUUGCUUACCUAUAUCAUUCUCAAAUCAGCAUGACCUUCUUUGGGUGAUACGUGUGUUUAUUUUCCACUGCCACGGAUUUACUGAAUCUCUGGUGAUGCAUUUUACAAUUACUUCAUCUAGGUUUUAAAUCGUAAAUGCAACCGUUCUACUCAGCUGUGCUGUUAGAGCAUUGCCCUGUGCCGAUUAUAUAGGCCGUCUGAAUGUGUGCGCCUGAAUUUUUAUUUGGACCGUUUCAGACAUUAUUUUAGGUUGUUAGUAUUUAUUUAUGUAUACAGAUUAUGCUUUUCCAUCCACCUUCGCGCAGGCAUUACAACAAUUUAUAACCCCUCACCUGUGCCCUCAUCCUCGAUUCGUAAUAUUGUAUUGUUAGUUGAUGAAUAAAUAAUGAGUUGUUUGAA